AACAUGCUCAGACUGGCUCAUACUUAUCCUCUUCUGAAACCAGUCAAAUAAUUUAAACGCAGAGCCCAAGAAAUUCAUUAGUUUGUUUGAUGGCUUGAUUCAGAAUAUUUUCUCCAUUAGUUCCCAAUUCAUUUUCAAUCGAUUUAAUCGUGAUUAAUGUAAAAGCACAAAUUCAAUUUAAAAAGACAUAUAGAAAACCUCAAAAAAUCGAAAUUUCUAUUCUAAUUAAGAGUCCAAGAGUCCUAAUAUCGAAGGAGUCAGGUGGCAACAAUAUUGGAAAAUGGAAGAUGAUCGGUCGGAGAAUGGCAUAGUUGAGCACAAGGCAUAUGCUCGGGUUGGGUUGUUGGGGAAUCCGAGCGAUGUGUAUUACGGUCGGGCAAUAUCAUUCAGCCUUGGAAAUUUCUGGGCGUCUGUGCGUUUGGAGCCUUCCACGGAUCUGGUCAUCGUCCCUCACCCCACUCACGAUCUCGUCCAAUUCAAUUCUCUACCUUACCUGGUGAAUCGGCUGCAAACUGAUGGCUACUAUGGAGGGGUUCGUCUGCUUAUGGCGAUCUGUAAAAUUUUUUACAAUUAUUGCAAGGAAAACAACAUCAGUUUACAUGAUCGGAACUUUAAGUUGUCAUAUGAUACCAAUAUUCCUCGACAGACUGGUCUUUCUGGUUCCAGCGCUAUUGUAUGUGCAGCUCUUAGCUGCCUGCUUGACUUCUAUAAAGUGAGGCAUCUGAUAAAACUCGAGGUGAGGCCAAAUCUUAUCCUUAAUGCAGAGAAGGAACUUGGUAUUGUUGCUGGUCUCCAGGACAGGGUAGUGCAGGUCUAUGGGGGCCUUGUUUAUAUGGAUUUUAGCAAGAAACACAUGGAAGAGUUGGGACAUGGACUUUAUACGCCCAUGACCGUAGAUCUUCUCCCACCUCUCUAUCUGAUCUAUGCCGAAAAUCCUAGUGAUUCUGGAAAGGUUCAUAGUACAGUUCGACAGAAGUGGUUAGACGGUGAUAAGUUCAUAAUAUCAUCUAUGGAAGAGGUUGCAAACAUUCCUUUAGAAGGACAUACGGCGUUGCUUGAAAAGGACUACACCAAGCUUGCAAACCUCAUGAAUCGCAACUUUGAUUUGCGGAGGCAAAUGUUUGGGGAUGACGCUCUGGGGGCUCUGAAUAUAGAGAUGGUUGAAGUGGCCAGACGGGUAGGUGCUGCGUCAAAAUUCACUGGCAGUGGAGGUGCCGUUGUUGUUUUCUGCCCAGACGGGCCAUCUCAAGCAAAGCUUCUGGAGGAUGCAUGCGAAAAAGCAGGUUUUGUCUUUCAACCAGCUAAAGUGAUGCCGUCUUUUCUGAACGAGGUCGAUAUUGAAACUCUAUCAUCAAAGCUUAAACAAACAAUAUGAAGAAUUUCUUCGUCCCCGCUCAUCACAAUCAUAGGAAAGUGGUUUUGAUCAAAUGUAUUCAUUUUUUCAUUCAUGACACAUUACAAGUGACCGGUUCCUUCUGUUAUGAGUUAAAAAUAUUAGAUUUUUCAUUUGUUUAAGAACCGUGCUACAAUACGGGAUUCCCCCCACCUAUCACAGGGAGCCAGCUGGGUAAAGGGGAUUAACCCUUUGAUCUAUAUCGCAUAUUCUUUUAA